AUUGUGACUGAGUUUCAGUAGAAGAAGAUAAACGUAUAGCAUUUUGCGCCGGUCGAAAUUUAGCUAAAACAUUUAAAGCAAAAAUAAAUAAAAAGUAAUAUUAAUAAAGGAUAUGCGACCGACAGAGGUAAAAUUAAAUAAUUGCCCAGAAGAUGCUAUAUCGGCGGUAAAAUUUGGACCGAAAACAAAUCAGUAUCUCAUUGCGUCUGCCUGGGAUGGCACUGUGCGCUUUUACGAUGUUGUCAAUAAUGCCAUGCGACAGAAGUUUGUGGAGGAUAUGCCUGUAAUGGAUGUAGCCUUCAUGGAUAUUGUACAUGUAGUAAGUGGAUCUCUUGAUAAACAACUGCGCUUGUAUGAUGUCAAUACACACACUGAAACCAUUGUUGGUUCGCACGAUGACGCUGUGCGUUGUGUGGAGUAUGCAGAAUCUGUUAAUGGUAUAUUGACUGGCAGUUGGGAUAAAACGAUUAAACUGUGGGAUAUGCGCGAAAGUCGCUGUGUGGGCACGUACGAACAAAGCAAUGGCAAAGUAUAUUCGAUGUCUGUGAAUGAUGAAAAAAUAGUUGUGGCUACUUCGGAUCGAAAAGUUCUCAUUUGGGAUUUGCGCAAAAUGGAGGAAUAUAUGAUGAAACGUGAGUCAUCGCUUAAAUAUCAAACAAGGUGCAUACGACUAUUCCCCAAUAAGGAAGGCUAUGUGAUGUCUUCCAUUGAGGGACGUGUUGCCGUUGAAUAUUUAGAUCCUGAUCCAGAAGUUCAAAAGCGCAAAUUUGCUUUCAAGUGCCAUCGCAACAAAGAAGAUAGCAUCGAGCAUAUUUACCCCGUAAACGCGAUUAGUUUUCAUAAUGUGUAUAAUACCUUUGCAACGGGCGGUUCUGAUUGUUUAGUGAAUAUAUGGGAUGGUUUUAAUAAGAAACGUCUUUGUCAAUUCCAUCAAUAUGACACAUCUAUAUCAUCACUCAACUUCAGCCAUGACGGCAGCACACUGGCUAUAGCCUGCUCAUAUAUGGACGAAUUCGAAGAACCGCCAGCUAACGUACCUAAUCCGGUAAUAUAUGUCCGUUAUGUAACAGAUCAGGAAACUAAACAAAAAUAGAAAGUAAUCGAUGUAUGUUUGGAUUAAGCCAAACGUCGAGUAGUAAUAUAGAAUAUAAAACUUUCGUAGCAUUUAAACAUUAACGCAAUCAAAAUCUAGUUCGUUGAAGCUGUGAGAUUAAUUUUACAACAUUCAAUGAAUCAUUUACAAUAACUCGCUGCAUUUUCAUUUCUUUGUAUAAUGAAUUUAACAAUAAUUAAAUAAAUUCAAACCACUAA